CAACCGAAAACGCUCCCCGCUCUCGCUUUGCUCGCACCACCCACCCCAACCCACGCCCCGCCGAGGCCUCAAUCGCCUCUCGCGUCGACUCUCGAGGGUUCCGCCCUGCCACGCGGGGCCACCCUCCCAGCCGCAGCGCGUCUCGAGCCGCGAGGAGGGCUCGCUCGAAACCCUAGCCGCCGCAAUGUCGCGCCGCGGCCGCGAGGAGGAGGAGGAGGAGUUCGAGGAGGUAGAGGAGGAGGAGGAGGCCGACGAGUCGGAGGUGGAGGAGGAGGAGCAGGUGGAGGAGAGGGGCGGCAAGCGGUCGCGCGGCGGCGGGGGCAAGGGCUCGGGCGUCGCGAGCUUUAUCGACGACGCGGCCAGCGAGGACGACGAGGAGGAGGACGAGGAUGACGACGACGAGGACGACGACUACGAGGAGGGCGGCCGCGGCCGCGGCCGUCGCGGCCGGCCCAGCAAGAGGAAGCGGUCGAUCCUGAUCGACGACAUGGCGCAGGUCGACGACGACGACGGCGAGGAGGAGGAGGAGGACGGGUACGAGGAAGGUUUUAUUGAUGAUGAUGCUUGGGCUGAUAAUCCUGACGAGGAUGUGAAAAGGGGUUCUAGACGUCAUUUCAAUCCAAAUCCAAUGGAUGAUGCAGACGAUAUGGAGAACUUGGAAGAGAUGUUAAAAUGGAAAUAUAGAACGCAAUCACACUCUGAUUUUGAUGAAGAGGGUCUAACCGAGGUUGAACAGCAAGCUCUCCUGCCAUCAGUGAAGGAUCCAAAGCUCUGGAUGGUGAAAUGUGCGGUUGGACAUGAGCGAGAGACAGCCCUUUGUCUAAUGCAAAAGUUCAUUGAUAGGCAAGAUCUCCAGAUUAAGUCCGUCGUUGCAUUGGAACACCUAAAGAAUUACAUUUAUGUUGAAGCAGAGAAAGAAGCCCAUGUCAAGGAGGCUUGCAAAGGUCUGCGGAACAUCUUUUCUUCAGCAAAAUUACUUCUGGUUCCUACAAAAGAAAUGACUGAUGUUCUCUCUGUCACGAGUAAGUCUGCUGAUCUUUCAAGAGAUACAUGGGUCAGGUUGAAGCUUGGUAUAUAUAAAGGGGAUCUUGCUAAGGUUGUCGAAGUUGAUGAUGUGCGCCAAAAGGUUACUGUGAAGCUCAUUCCUAGAUUAGAUUUACAAGCUUUGACAGAUAAAUUGAAAGGUCUUAAGGUUGCAAAGAAGAAGUCGUUUAUUCCACCGCCAAGGUUAUUUAGUACCGACGAGGCGAGGGAGAUGAACAUUCCUGUAGAACGGAGGAGAGAUAGAGAUUCUGGGGAAUACUUUGAGAUGGUUGGCGCUUUAAAAUUUGAAGAUGGUUUCUUGCGCAAAAAAGUCUCGAUAAAAUCAAUCAGCACACAGAAUGUUAAGCCAUCACUUGAUGAAUUGGAGAAAUUCGGGAGAGUUGGUGAUGACGUGAAUGAAGAUGUGGCUAGAUUGUCCACACUCAGCAGGAAGAAGGGACAUUUUAUGAAAGGCGAUGCUGUAGUUGUUGUUAAAGGUGAUCUCAAGGACAUAAGGGGCUGUGUGGAGAAAGUAGAGGAUUCUAUUGUUCACAUCCGACCAACACGAUCUGAUCUUCCGAAAACACUUGCCUUCAGUGAGAAAGAUCUCUGCAAAUAUUUCAAUCCCGGGGACCAUGUAAAAGUGGUUUUUGGUGUUCAAGAAGGUGUGACAGGCAUGGUAGUUAAAGUGGAAGGACAUGUCUUGACCAUUUUAUCUGACACAAGCAAAGAACAUAUCCGUGUGUUUGCAGAUCAUGUUGUGGAGAGUUCUGAGGUCACGACGGGGCUUACCAGAAUUGGUGAUUAUGAGUUGCAUGAUCUUGUCCUUCUUGACAAUUUAUCAUUUGGUGUGAUUGUAAGGGUGGAAAGCGAAGCAUUUCAGGUUCUCAAAGGAGUGCCUGAUAAACCUGAAGUGCUGCUUGUGAAACUGAGAGAAAUAAAAUACAAAAUCGAUCGGCGCACAUCUGCAAAAGAUAGCAAGAAUAACACGGUGUCAACUAAGGAUAUUGUCAGGGUCAUUGAGGGGCCAUGCAAGGGAAAGCAAGGACCUGUGGAACAUAUACACAAAGGGAUAUGUUUUAUACAUGACCGCCACCACCUUGAACAUUCAGGCUUUAUCUGUGCAAAAGCACAAUCGUGUGUCCUUGUUGGGGGAUCGGUUGUCAACAGCAGCAGGAUGGGUGUUGAUACAGCAGAUCCACGGCUUGGUGCUUUUAGAUCUCCAGCAAGGAUCUUGCAAUCUCCUGGAGGGCUUCCGCCGAGAGGACCUUACAUGAAUUCUGGUGGAAGGUUUGGAGGAGGUGGUCGUGGUGGCAGAGGGCAUGAUGCCUUGGUGAGUAGAUGCAUCAAAAUUAAAUCUGGUCCCUACAAAGGAUAUCGUGGCCGUGUUAAAGAAGUGAAUGGUGCACUCGUGCGUGUGGAGCUUGAUUCACUUAUGAAGAUUGUCACAGUUAAGAGAGAGGAUAUUGCUGACACAGCGAAUGUUGGGACACCAUUCCGUGAAUCUCGUUAUUCAUUGGGCAGUGAAACACCUAUGCACCCAUCUCGAACGCCAUUGUAUCCUAUUCAAACUCCAAUGCGAGAACCUGGAGCGACACCAAUUUGUGAUGGAUCGCAAACUCCUAUGCAUAAUCAAGCCUGGGCACCAAUGAGUCCACCGAGGGAUAACCAGGAAGAUGGAAAUCGUGGCACUUGGGGCGCUUGGGGGAGCAGUCCAGCUUACCAGCCAGGAACUCCAGUAGCUAGGCCAUUUGAUGCCCCCACUCCUGGAUCAGGGUGGGAAAGUACCUCAGGAACUGGCUUUGCUGAUGCUCCAUUCAACGCUCCAACACCUAGUGCUCAACCAAUGACCCCAAUUCCUGCCUCUUAUUUGCCUGGAACCCCUGGUGGCCAGCUAAUGACCCCAGGGAAUGCUGGAAUGGAUGUGAUGUCUCCAAUGAUAGGGGAUGAGGGUGGCAGUAAUUGGCUCUUGCCAGAUGUUUGCGUCAAUGUGUCCAGAGGAGAUGGUUCCACCAAUGGUGUGGUGAAGGAAGUGCUCCUGGAUGGAUCUUGCCGUGUCGCACUUGGGCCAUCAGGCAGUGGGGAUGAAGUAACAGCUCUUCCAGACGAGCUCUGA